AUUACGUUGUAAAUCAACGAAGCAUUGUCAGGUUAUAAUCUGUAAUUAAUAUUGCAUGCUGGGGUUUUUAUAGUUUUAAAAUGGGCAUGUAGCAUUGUUCGGAAGUAUUUGUGAGUUGAAUUUGAACUAUCUUUAAAGUUUAGGCUUUAUAUUUUUGUACUACGUAUAACUGGCUUACAAUGGCUUCAGUGAAAGAAAAGGUGGAAGAAUAUUUUUCUACCAUGAAUCCCAUAGCUACCAGGAUGAUGGAUGACAUGAAAACGGUGAUGGAAGAGUUCAACGAAGAAUGGGAAGAGUUCAGUUUGGAAGAGAAAUCUUGCCUUCUGUGGAGAUCAGUAGUGAAAGCUAAUGUUGAAGAAAAAUAUAUUUGUGAUGAAAGUAGUGAGAAAAGUGUGGAAUGCUUCCCAGUUCUUGAUAUCAAAAUGGGAGAAAAAAUUAUUGUUGAUGAAGAUACAUCAAAUGGAAAGCCAUUUGGAUGUACAUGGAGAGAUGAACAUUCUGCUCCAUUCAUGUGGGAAACCCAGAGUCAGUUGGAUCUACGAUUGUUUGCCGUAAACGAUACACCUACAUCUUUAAGGAAAAAGCAGCAUAGUAUUAAAACCCUUGAUCUGGAGAAAAAUAAUAGAUGUAUCACUGUUGAUUCUGAACCAGAAAGAUUUGAUAGUUCUGACUUGGAUUCUUUGACACCAAAGAAUACCAGGAAGAAAUCUCUGCCACCUGGUGAAAGCUCGUCUACCUCCUUGCAGAUGCCUGUCUUGAUUACGGACAAGAUCCAACAUGAUUGUAAUGUUUCAGUAAGUAGCUCCAAAGAAACUCUUACUUUUGAGAAAGAACCAGAAACUGUAGAACCACCAACUGAACUUGAACAAAAACCAGAUUACAAGUUUGAGGAAAAUGCAAAGGACUUGGAAGAAAUUAGUGAUGAUGUUGAUUUAGACGUGAAUGCAGAAUAUAUCUCAAGAUCUGAUUUAUCUAGCCCAUCACAGUUUAUUCCUAAAAGUGGUUUCGACUUUCUUGAUAACUGGUAAGGACUGUUGAAGACUAAAGACUUCAUUAUUGAUGAAGCAGUAGAGAAUAACUGGUGGAAACGUCGAUAUUUUACUGUCGUAUAUCUUGUUUUAUAUGCAAAAAAAGUAUAUUUUGUUUUCAAUUCUUUACCUUUACACUCUACAACACUUAUGUCUGUUAAAAUAAACAAUGCAAUUUUUAAUAAACAGGAUCUUUAAUUAUAACACACUGUGUGUCACAGUUGUUUACCUGUAAUUAUCAUUGUGUAGACUUCAGUGAGCAUCAUAAACUGUAAAUUUUUAAAUGGUUGGAGUUUCUAUAACAUGAUUGAGAUUUCUAAGAAGUUUAAAAACUUAAGAAGUACAGGUUUUUGAGAUAAUAUUGAUUGAACUGUUAGACCUUAACUAUGAGUUUUCAGUUUUCUGAUAGUCAAAAAUUUGUGCAUUUCUUGUUUACACCUAUUUUAACAAAUGUUAAGAAGUUGAAGUUAGAUCUGUAUCUGUUGUCAAAUACAGAAUGUUGAUAUGUACUUAUGUGUCUGUUUUGUACUCUUUAUAUGAGUUUUUCAAUGAACAUUUGUGUUUUAGCUUAUGAUUUUGUAAGAACAAAUGAAAAUCAUGUUCAUUGAAAAUACUUUGUUUGUGUUUUAAUUGUUCUCUACCAUAUAGAGCUAAGCGAUUUAAUCGAUUACCUAUGAGCAUGAAGUAAUUUAAAUUGGUGUUUCUAAUUAUUACUGUUUUCAAUUAUUCCAACAAUCAAUUAAUUUAGAUUACAAUUAAAUUGUUUAUUAUGAAAAUAACCAACUAAUGAAAAUUAAAGUUUCAAUUAAUACUAUUUUUGAUUAUUCCAACUAUCCAAAAUAAUUGCCACCCAAUUUCUCACUCUGUAUUUUAUAUCACAAAGCUAUUAUGGCUAUCUUCCACUGCUGCUAAUUUUGGACCGCUGAGUAAAGGAAAGGCAGCUUAUUAGCAGCACUUUUUGCCAUCCUUCUUUAUUUUUUGCUUGUAUGUACCAUUGUUUGAGGAACACUGUACUUAUCAAUAAGAAAAUGCAACUAAUUGCCCAGCUCUAGUUGUGGAUUCAGAACAGUGAUUUGAUUUCAUCUAUUCCACUUUUCAUGAGUCUCAGAUUAUGAUUAUCUCCAAUAUGAAAUUGACAAA